AUGUACGAUUGCGUAAUUUUCCUACCGUUCUCAUAUCCCUUCUUGGCAAGUCCAAGAUCACGUCGAACAAAACGGAAAGAAACAAAUCUCAAUGAUGAUGAAAAGCGACCACGAACGGCAUUUACUGCUGAACAGUUGGAACGAUUGAAACAACAAUUCAUGGAUAACCGGUAUCUCACCGAGAAACGGCGUCAGGAAUUGGCACAUGAACUUGGCCUGAACGAAUCACAAAUUAAAAUAUGGUUCCAAAACAAACGAGCAAAACUGAAGAAAGCAUCUGGACAUCGACCUGUACUGGCCCUGCACUUGAUGGCUCAAGGGCUUUAUAAUCAUACAUCAAUGCCAAUAUUCAACCAACGAUAA